GCCCAGAGUGGAAGUGACGAAAGCCGCCGCGGAGUCACUUCCUUCUGGGUGGAUGAGGAGGAGCCCGAGCUGCCGCGGAGGAGUCCGAGUGGAGACGGACGGCGCCGGAGAGCAGGAGGGCGAAAAUGAAAGCAGGCUGUAGCAUCGUGGAAAAGCCAGAAGGAGGUGGAGGGUAUCAGUUUCCGGAUUGGGCCUACAAAGCCGAGUCUUCGCCAGGCUCGAGGCAGAUCCAGCUGUGGCACUUCAUCCUGGAACUGCUGCAGAAGGAAGAGUUCCGCCAUGUCAUUGCCUGGCAGCAGGGAGAGUACGGGGAGUUUGUCAUCAAGGAUCCAGAUGAAGUGGCUCGCCUCUGGGGCCGCAGGAAGUGCAAACCACAGAUGAACUAUGACAAGCUGAGCCGGGCCCUCAGAUACUAUUACAACAAGAGGAUCCUUCAUAAAACCAAAGGGAAAAGGUUUACUUACAAGUUUAACUUCAACAAGCUGGUGAUGCCCAACUACCCGUUCAUCAACAUUCGCUCAAGUGGUGUGGUUCCUCAGAGUGCACCACCAGUGCCAACAGCCUCUUCCCGGUUCCAUUUCCCACCUCUAGACAGCCAUUCUCCUACUGGUGAUGUGCAGCCAGGGCGCUUCUCUGCUAGCUCCCUGAGCGCUUCUUGCCCCGAGUCAGGUGGUACCACAGAUAGAAAGGUGGAGCCUUCGGACCUGGAAGACGGCUCAGCCUCUGACUGGCACCGGAGCAUGGAUUUUAUGCCCUCUCGAAGUGCUCUUGGUGGAGGAGCGAUCGGCCACCAGAAACGCAAGCCUGACAUAAUGCUCCCUCUCUUUACUCGGCCAGCAAUGUACCCUGACCCCCACAGCCCUUUCGCUAUCUCCCCAGUCCCUGGCCGCGGAGGAGUCCUUAAUGUCCCCAUUUCACCAGCCCUGUCCCUGACUCCCACCAUGUUCUCCUAUAGUCCCUCACCAGGCCUGAGCCCCUUCACCAGCAGCAGCUGCUUCUCCUUCAACCCAGAGGAAAUGAAACACUACCUUCAUUCUCAAGCCUGUUCUGUGUUCAACUACCAUCUGAGUCCUCGGACUUUUCCCCGUUACCCAGGGCUCAUGGUCCCACCACUGCAGUGCCAAAUGCAUCCUGAGGAGCCUUCCCAGUUCUCUAUCAAGCUGCAGCCCCCACCGGCUGGACGGAAGAACCGCGAGAGGGUAGAGAGCAGAGAGGAGGCCACACGUGGCUCUGUGCCUGCCAGCGCUCCUACUCCCUCUCGGAUUAAGGUAGAGCCGGCCACUGAGAAGGAUCCUGACAGCCUCAGGCAGUCAACCCAACAAAAAGAGGAACAGGCCCAGGAAGUGGACACCAUGCAGACCAGGACCAUAGAAGAGGGAAAAGGCACAGCGUUUGCCCACCCCUCACCCACCUGGCCCUCUGUUUCCAUUAGCACCCCCAGUGACGAACCCCUGGAGGUGACUGAAGACAGUGAGGACAGGUCUGCCAGGGAGCCCGGUGUACCUGAGAAGAAAGAAGAUGCCCUGAUGCCUCCUAAGCUUCGCCUGAAGAGGAGGUGGAAUGAUGACCCUGAAGCCCGGGAGCUCAACAAACCUGGCAAGUUCCUCUGGAAUGGGGCAGGACCCCAGGGCCUGGCUACAGCGGCCACUGCUGCCGCUGAUGCUUAAAACCACGUGGAAGAGAAGCUGUUCAUAUUACAAUCAAAAUACAUAUUUAUGUAGCAAGAUUCUGGGGUGGGAGGUGGGGUUAAGCUGGUUUGAUAAUUCUGGGGCGUGGACUUGUACUUUUCUGUUGGGAAUGGGACGAGUAUCUUGUGUUGUAUAAUAAGUGGAGUAUGAACACUUUUUCCUUGGACAUAGGGAGGCUACAAACUUUGGGGAAGGAGCCUGUUUCCUGUCUCCUCAAGCUGCCUGACAAGCUCCAUACAGGCCCACACACUGUAGUCCCUUACAGUUCAGGUUCUGUGGUCUCUUCUAUUGUAUUUAUACAUACAAAAAGCCCAUACUGGGAUAUUUUGCUUUGAGAGAGAGAGAUAAAAGGAAAAGGCUAGACAGUUGUGUGGUGAGAAGAAUACUAAGCAUGUUACCUGAGUAUUUAUUUCAGGAGAGAAAAAAGUUAAUUGCAGUCUUACUCAAGUGGGGGACAUUUAGGUGGUGGUCUGUACUUGCCCCUCUCUCCCUUCUCCCUCUCUGGAGUGUGUAUGUCACGCGCACACACACCACACGUGAGCUCUCUCCCACGCAUGCGCUCUCUCUUUUUCUCUUUCCCUGGGGGGAGGGUAACACAUGCACAUUCAGCUCCCCCCCCCCUUUUUAGAAAAUAUUUUCAAUACACAUGUGUGUACUGCCAGUUAUAAUGGGCAGGGAGGGCACAGGAGACCCCUACCCCCAGCCCCUCAGCUUCAGAGUUGAGGUGGGAAGGCAGCCUGGCUGCGAGGUCCUCGGACUUUCACCUUCUUCACCUAUCAAAAAGCCAUGAGGAGUUGUAAACUCUUGAUCAGGGAAGGAAGAAGAGGGCAGGAGGAAGUAACCCAAUGCCUUUAAAAACAAAACAAAUGACAGAAAUGGUCUUCGCUUUUCUUUUUCCGUUGUUGGUUUGGUUUCCCACACCUAGCGUGACUGAGCACGUUUUAUGAGGAGCAGGAUAGCGCCGCUGAAGAUGUUUUUCUGUUGUGUGUGGUUGUCUUACUGUUUUCUUAAGUUGAGCCUUAACUACGAACAUGCUUUAAGAUGAUACGGGUCUGUCAACAUAAACCUGUGAAGGGCAUGAACACUGUUCAGAUAACCCAGGAACAUGAGGCACAGUCGAAUUCCUAGCUGGUAGUUAUUCCCUCUGAUGUUGCUCGUCCCGGUGGCGAAAGGGCAGGAUUGUGGGAAUGAAAGGCGGAUGAUAACCUGUAAACACAAAGUACUGCUUGUUGAAACUGAAGGAAGAGCUAGGAGACCAGAUGCCAAAUGGUCUGGGAAAGGUGAGGGAAAGAGUUGGUAUCUGCCCUGUGUUGGUGUUGCCGGCCUUGUGGUUCCCCUUCGCCCAGAUUGUUCUGAUUGGUUGACUAUUCCCAAAAUACAGUUCACAGGCAGAAGUCGUUUCUCCUUGGGAAAUUCCCUUACAGCAACUUCAAAGGAAUGGGAAGAUACUAAUCUUAUGUGGAAAAAAAAAAACAAAAAAAAAAAAACACUAGCACUGGGGUAGAGAGAAAGCAACAAUAGCCAACUGCCUCUGUGCACAUGUAUGCCCUGAGUAGCUCAGAGCAGCAAGAAGAAACCAUUCCAUAUCUGCUGAGGCAAGGGAUGACAUUUGGGCAUCAGAGCCGUAACUCGCUCCACCACCUGAGCCUGGCUAAGAAUUCUAUGCCAAGUGACAUUUGAGUGUUGUCAAAAGAUGGAGUGUUUGGGUUUGGUUUAGUUUGGUUUUAUUUUCUUUAACUGAAGUGCAUGCACAAAGGAGCUCAGGAGACAUUAGAACUGGUGAAAGACGUUAGCUGACUUGACUGACUUGAGGCUGUCAUUGCUAUUUCUUGAUGAAUGUCCUAUAACUUGGUCCAGAUUCCAUGCAUGUGUGAAAGGCCAGGAAAGGGACCGAGUGGUCUCUGGUGACCCAGGCUUUGGUCAGCCACAAAGGACACAGCAUUCCUGCUGCCUUUGGUGGUUGUUUUGAUCAGCAAACAAAAUCCUUCUCUGCACCUUGAUGGACAUCUGAAUCAGAAAGCAAGCCCAGCAGGUAGAGGAGGGCUCUCUGGUUGGUGUUGCCCAUCAAGUCAGGGAGGCCAGCUGGCCACCGGUUGUCUCCUAGUGGGGACAGCCAGCGAGCAUCAGUGUGAACUCAGGAAUAGAAACAUGGGGCCUUUAAAAUGAGAGGAGGAAAAUCCAUGAUGCAUACCUGUAACCCCUAGAACCCAAGUGCCGGAACUCAUUCUCGAUGCUGCUUCCAUUUGAAUAAAGCCACUGCUUUUACACUUGAAAUUGAACUCCAUGGAAAAUGCUUUUGGACUUUUAUGAAACUAUUUGCUGUUUGUUUCCUUUGAUUGCCAUUCCACCAGUAAUUUCUUGGUUGAUUGGCACUGCACACAGUUUGGAGUUUGGAUCUGGGGAAGGGUCUGUCUGCAGAGCAGAACUUGGGCUUGCUCAGGAAGUGGACCAGGAAAUGUAGCGAUCACUGAUACUUCCUGGGGCAAAGGCAUGAGAAUGUCGUUCUCUCCCCAGCCCCAUCCUGGCAGUUCCUGCCUCCAGCCUGGUAUGAAACAAGGCAGCUGCCUUCUGUGAGCACGGCAUUGUCCAGCAGCCAGGGCAAGGGACUAAAAGCUGGACCUACUUCCCUCCCUGGGUCUUUUUCCCCCCUCUAAAUUUCGUUGUGCCAAAUGUGUAAAACUUUGUAGGUGUAAAUCUAUUGCAGUUUCACUAAUCAAGAGCUUGUUUAUUUAAACAGUUUGCUUUUUUAGCUGUAAAGAGUGGUAAACUCUCAGGGCAUCAGCAUCGCUGAGCUCUCCUUUUUUUCUGAAGUAAAAUAGAGACAUGUAGAGUCUUCCCUAGAUGUCUGGCUGCACCUCAUUAACCCCAGCUCAGUAAUGCAAGGAACCCUAGUGACCCGUAGGCCAAGAAACUUCCAGAAGCAUUAAAAAAAAAAAAAAAAAGUUAUAUUCCACUGCCAAGUGGAUAGUCAUUUAGCUGUUUGUCCCUUGUUUUUUUAUUUAUUCCGUAAUUAUGUUUGUGCUUUUUCUUUUGUGAGCAGUAGUGAGGCAUAUGUUUUUAUGUGGCUUUAGAGAAAACUUCAGUCUUCAAAGAGCUGUUCUAAUUAGUUCCUUCUUGGAAAAAGUUAUGCGUUAAUUUGUUUCAAAAUAUUUAGGUAUUCUUUGAAUUAUAAACUUGUAAUGCAGGGAUUUGUGAAUGAGACGUUCACGUGUGAAGAUGACGUCACUAAGCAUCUGUGUACACAGAAUAAGAUGUGUAUAUGUACAUAAAAUAUAAGGGAUCUGAACACCAUUGUGCAGUGCCUUUUAGAUGUUCUGCUUUCUAAAGUCUUCAAAUUUUUUGCAUAUAUAUUAUAUAUAUGAUGUAAUGUUAUAGAAAUAUAUGUAUAAUAUACAUAUUUUUUCCAGGGGUAUCUGAUAGCUCUGUAUUUUGUUAUGGAAGUCGAAAGGAAAAAAAAAAGUAUUUUACCUCAAAAAUUAAAGUUAAAU